GGCUGGGGCCCCGGAUUGAGCCCUCCCCGCCCGGGGUCCCGAAGCUCUCUGUCUCGGGGAGGCCCAGACGCGCCCGUCGCAGGCCCGGCCGGCGAGCGGCGGGCAGCGGGGUGGGGGCUGCGCGGGGCGGGAGGCGGCGGCCCCCCGGCUUGCGCGCCCAGGCCUGCGCGCCCGUCCUCCGGCGUCCGGUCACCGAGAUCCGCCGACCCCCCUCCCCAACCCAGGCCGCGCCAUGGCCCUAAAGGCCGAGGGCGCCGCGCUUGACUGCUUCGAGGUGACGCUCAAAUGCGAGGAGGGGGAGGACGACGAGGAGGCCAUGGUGGUGGCCGUCAUCCCGCGGCCCGAGCCGAUGCUCCGAGUGGCCCAGCAGGAGAAGACCCCACCGCCAAGGCCCAACCUGCUGGAGGCAGGCAGUGAUGGCUGUGAGGAGCCCAAACAGCAGGUGUCUUGGGAGCAGGAGUUCCUGGUUGGGAACAGCCCGGGAGGCAGCGGAAGGGCGCUGUGCAUGGUGUGUGGGGCCGAAAUCCGGGCCCCCUCGGCAGACACGGCGCGCGCCCACAUCCUGGAACAGCAUCCUCACACCCUGGACCUGAACACUUCCGAGAAGAGCAACAUCCUGGAGGCCUGGAGUGAGGGGGUAGCCCUUUUGCAAGACUUCAGAGCCGAACAGCCGUCCCCGCCCCACUCAGACUCAGGCCAGGAUGUUGAUGUAGACCCAGACUCCGACCCGGACCCUGCCAAAAUGCCAGCGGAGAUUGUCGUCCUCCUCGACUCUGAGGACAGCACAUCCCACCCUAGAAGGAGCCGACCCAGGGGACUCCGCCCUCUGGAGCUUCCCGCGGCCCCAGUAGCAGAGCCGGUAAGCAAGAAGCCCCGUGGUCAGAGAUGGAAGGAGCCCCCUGGGGAGGAGCCGGUCAGAAAGAAAAGAGGCAGACCCAUGACCAAAACCCUGGACCUGGACCCAGACCCGGACCCAGAGCCCUCCUCACCUGACUCACCCACCGAGACUUUUGCGGCUCCGGCCGAGGUCCGACACUUCACCGACGGCAGCUUUCCCGCCGGCUUCGUCCUCCAGCUCUUCUCCCACACCCAGCUCAGGGCCUCAGACAGCAAGGACUCGCCCAAAGAGGGGAGAGUGGCAGAAGGAGGCCUUCUCCAGCCGGAAAGCCCCUCCCCAGCUCCUUCUCCGGGGCUUCGCGGGACUCUGGAUCUCCAGGUUAUCCGUGUGCGGCUGGAGGAGCCCCCAGCAGUCAGCCUCCUGCAAGACUGGUCCAAGCACCCCCAGGGCACCAAGAGUGUGGGAGCAGGUGACACCCCAGACUGGCCCCCGGUUCUGUCGGAAUCCAGCACCACUGCCGGGGGGCAGCCAAAGGCAGGGAGUGGUCUGUAGGGUCUUGCUUUUCCGGGGUUGGGGGGGAGGGAGGGAGGGAGGAGGCAGUGUCCUCCUUCGGCUUAUCACUCAGAGCUGCGCAACUUGGCCACCUGAUGGAGAGAGUAAAACCAGGUGCCAAGGCAGGAUGGAGGAGAGGAAGGCGGGUAGCCUCCGCCAUUGCUCGGGGGUGCGGAAAGAUGUCUCCCCCAGGCCAGGCGUGAGGCCAGGCCCUGUGGGGGACGGGGCGCCACGGGUUGUCGUGCGGUAGGGCAUUGGGCCUGUGGAGAACACCCACCCGAUAGUUUCCUCCCACCCUCUCAGCCCCCCACCAUUCUCCCUUGGCACAGUGCCUUACACAGGAGGUGGUCGUGAUGGUGUUGAACUGAGUCCCACUACCUCGGGGGACGCCUCUCCUCCCCCACCUGUUCAGGCUCCUAAACCAGGAGGCCUCCAUUACCUCUCCCCGCUCCAUCCCCGCAGGUGGCUGAAGCAGCCUACUUGGGGGCUCGGUCACUCACUCUCCUGUUCACCUCUUUUCCUGUUGUAUAUAUCUCCU